GGGCGGCUGGGCCCCAAGUCGGACGUUGAGUACUUCGAGUGGGUGAACGAACACUUCCUCAUCAGCGACGACUACCAUCUGUCCAUGCUGAGUUCGGCAGGGGCUUUCGCCGUGGAGCGACACUCGGAGAACAAGGAGGGCAGGGGCUCCAAGGCCAGCGUGACGGAGUUGGCGAAGUCGGCGUGGGCCAAGGGAAUUCGCCAGGAGAUGCGGAGUCCGCCUUGGCUCGCGCAGUCGGCGUCGGUAGGCGACGACGAGACGUUCACAGCCCUGCACUGGGGGGCGCUGUUGACGGCGACGAAGGAUUGCAUGCUGAGGGACGUGGGCAAGACCGACGUCAGGGUCCAGGAGUCGCUCAAUAAGAAGAUCAAGGGCUGCAGGCUGUAUUCUCGCCGCAGCAGCAAGGGCGCGGCCAAAUUUCUCGCGCGUUACGGCAGCGGCCCCAAUGAAGCGGCGACGCCGACGACGAUCAUCCAGGUCUUCGGUUACACAUCCGACGUCCAGACGAGCUUCGAUUCGGGGAAACCCGCCAUGAAGUGGUGCUCGGUCAUGUACAAGGACAGCCAGAAGAUCAUGAUUGACGUCGGCGAGUGCAGGGGGGAGUGGGUAUGGGGCGUGAUCGCCAGGAGGUUCAGGUACGAGGUUGUUGCAAACAAGACGCCGUCCACCUCGUUCGACCGCGUCCGACGCUCCGCAGCCGACGUCGUCAGGAUUCUCAGGGACGACCACCCUGAGUACAUCCCAGACUUGGUGCUCCUCUGCAUGCCGCGGCUGCUGGGCAACUGGGAACAGAUCGUGGAGCAGGACGAGAAGGAGGCGAUGGCUGUUGCCAGGGCCAAGUCGUUCUUGAGUUACCUGGCCGAGGUGUACAAGCCCCUGGCGAGAAUCGACGAAAAGCAGCUUCAUCUCGUCGGCGACGUCAAGGCCAUCGCACUGCAUGGCGCGCUCCUUGGCAGCGUGAAGCUGCGGGUGAAGGGAAGCAGCUACAAGACGGUCAAGGGCUUCGAGGGAUUGCGUGCUGCUUUCAUCAAGCACAUGACCAAGCGUGCCCUCAUCCCUCGCUACUCCGACCCGAUUACCGACAGCUGUGCCGAGGAAGCCGCUGAUGUUGAUGGAGGCUCUGCCAUGACCGAAGAGGUUGCGGCCCCCGGAAUCGACGAGAGCAAGCAGACCGUCGAGCAGAUAGUCAACCACCUGAUCACGGGCGCGUGCAUCACCAAGCCGAUGGCUGCCAACCUCUCAGCGGCGAGCGCUUUGAACCAAGUGAUGAUGGCGAGCUUCAAGAUCCAGGCUGAUCAGGGUGGCAGCUUCGCAGCUGGCGGUGAUGGCGUGCAGCUCAAAUUCUUCGACCUCGUUAUCGAGUCCGUGCUCGGCAAGUACCCCGACUCCUGGGGCGCGGUUGCAAAGUUCAUCGCCAAGGCGAAGCCCAAGUUCUCGGCUUGCCUCAAGGAGACGGCUUUGUCGGGCAGUCGUUGUCUUUAUGAGUCGGUCUGCGCGGAGUUCGUCGAUGGUGAGCUGGAGUGUUUCCCUUCUCGCAUGGUCUCGGCGAUGCGCAUCAAGGUGUGCUUGCACGUGUGCUCGUCGCUCGCCAUGCAGAUGUGCAUGGAGAAGGGCGCCGACGGCAAGAUCGUUCCGAAGAGGUUAUUCCCUGAGGUGUUCUCAAACGCUUGCUCGGACCUUGUGGCCACGAUAGAUAUCAAGAACUUGAAUGGGGACAUUACUGGUAUGAUCGACGCUGCGCCAUCGUGGCAGGAGGCGACGAGAAGCUUCGCCCUUGCCCCCAUCGAGGCCAACACGUUGAUCGAGACGCACAGCCCGAAGCAGUUUGAGGAGAUGCAGCAGAAGUUAAAGGAGGGCCUAACAUCAGCAUCGAACCUCAAGACUGCUUGGCCGAAGCUCCUGCACUCGUACAAGAUCAAGCUCGACAAGCCCCUGGACUACCAGCAGAUCACCAUCCUACCAGCAGAGAAGAAUGUUGCGGUGAACACCAUCAUGAGCGCCUUCAACAAGACACACAACGACGCCGUCGAAGCGUUGCACGUGUUGCAGAAUACGGCCGGCUUCGCGAUGAACAGUGCCUUGAAGAAGUACGUCAAGGCCGGAGAGAGCAUCUACGAGUGGCUGAGCCGCGUGAUGAUGAGCGAGAAGGCGGAUUUGAACAACACCGAGUUGCGCAAGAAGGAGAUCCAGACGAAGUUGAACGCAGCCUUCGCCGAGAUCGCAGGCAAGUGCGGCGAUUCCAAGGAUGACGACUACAUGCUCGUAGCCGAGGAGAAGAAGACCGCGGCUGGACUGUCCAAGAAGGUUAAGCUCGUGCGCAACCUCGACUACUUCAGCGCCAACGGAGACACGCGCGUCUGGCAUCUGCGGGGCAAGGUUGUCGACGAGCAUGUUGCCAGCAACGUCGGCAGGGCGAACCUAGUGGACCUCGGGCGCAGCGAAGGUGUUGGCCCUCGUUUUUUCUUGGACGGCUCUGCGCACCAGAGCUUGAAGAAGAGCGACGCCUGCUUAGGGUUCCUGAUUCGCCCUGCGCAUGCUCCGCCAGCCGACUCCACCGCCAAGAAAGAGGCCAAAUUUACGGCGGGCGUUCGCUCGCAGCUUCCCGUAGCUACUCGCACGUUGCAGUUUGAAGAUCUGGAGAUCACGUUGUCUUCAGGUGAAAUCCUCACCUACAAGUCGGCACACCUGAUGCCGUUGCGCGCCGCGCCCGGCGGUGACCGGCAGACGCCCUACCGCGCGGAGACAGCUCUCGACAAA